AUGUCUGUUGUGGGAAAGUCAUUACAAGAAAAGGUGAACUUAUUGGCCCAAUAUCCCCAGACCGGUCUUUCUCUAAAGCAGCUUGUUUACUUUGGUCAGGAUCAAAAACCUGGAAGACUUUUUCGCUCUGGCUUAUUUUUGCGAGAUGAGCUUCCAAUUCGGCUUGCUCAUCGCAUACAGGAUCUACAAAAACUGCCGCCAUUACUCGGUGAAAUGAAACGAAUUUCAGCAGUUAGAGCUGCUUAUGCAAGAUCUAUGGAGGAAAUCAUUGAUUUAAAGGGAAUUGAAUUACCAAAGUGUCUUCCUAAACACAAACGGUAUCCAAAAGCCCCUAAAUGGAGGGCCAGUUUUUUUCACAAUUUUGUACAGCAUAAUCCUUCUCUUUUGGACACUCAUUUAGAUUCGUCGAGAGGAAGGUAUUUCAACAUUGAUUUUUCCAAACCGUGUACAGGCGAGGAAUACGAAUGGCCUGAGUCAUUGCACAAAUUCAACAUUGAUUUUAGUCGUUUGCUAGAUACCAUUCGAACACGCCAUGACAAUGUCGCCUCCGAACUUGCCCUAGACAUUCAAGAAUAUCGGCGCAAAACAAAGAAAAUUGACCAUAGCAUUCAAGUAUUUUUAGAUCGUUUCUACAUGUCCCGAAUUGGCAUUCGAAUGCUCAUAGGUCAAUACAUCUCGCUGGUCUCUGAACCUCCAAGAGAAAACCGCGUGGGCAUCAUUAGUACUCGCGCUAAUAUUCUUCGGAUUAUUGAAGAUGCCACAGAAAGUGCAAAGUUUAUUUGUCGGCUCUCCUAUUGUUUGUUUGAAGCACCACCCGUAGAAAUCAACUGUGAUCCUUCCCUCCAUAUGAUGUACACAGAGUCUCAUUUGAAUCAUGCCGUUUUUGAGCUUUUAAAAAAUAGCCUGCGUGCAACUGUCGAAUACUAUGGUGUCGAUGCAGAUUCGUAUCCCCCAGUCAAAGUAUUGGUUGUCAAAGGCGAAGAAGACAUUACUAUUCGCAUUUCCGAUCGGGGAGGCGGUUUUUCUAGGAAAGAGUCUUCAGUGGUUUGGUCUUACAUGUAUACAACAGCUCAUGAAACGCUAAGCGAUGACUACACGGAUACGAUGACUGCUGCUUCUUCCCUUCCACCUAUGGCUGGCUUUGGGUUUGGCCUACCUAUCGCUCGUCUAUAUACUCGUUAUUUUGGAGGCGACUUGAAGCUUGUGUCUAUGGAAGGAUAUGGCACCGAUGCUUAUAUUCAGCUAAAUCGACUUUGUGAAAGUGCAGAGCCAUUACAGUAG